AUUACAGCUAGUUUUACAUUGUUUUUCCCAAAGAAAUGGCAAAGCGAAUCACUGAGAUAAAGCCAAACGGCGCGGUUUAUCCGAGGUUCCCAAUUUGAAAAUUCUUUUUUUUUUUUUUUUUUAAAGGCUUUGUAUUGUCCGAAGUUUAGGAGUUUUGAGCUUUCGCUGGAGCGAGAUGGCGACGCCGGCAUGUCCAGACUCCGACUCCCGAAAAUGGAGAGAACUUCGGAUUCGGAUCCCAACCAGACGGCGGAAACAAAUUCCGACGCAUUGAACGCCGCCGCUCCUUCCUCCUGUUCAGCUGCCUCUUCCCUCCUCUGCUUCGCCGGAAAUUCAGCCUAUGGCGCUAUCAUAGGUUCCUUCUUCGGAUACGGUAAUGGAUUGAUAAAGAAGAAGGGAUUUAAAGGAUCUUUUGUGGAGGCAAGAUCUUCUGCAAAGAGAUAUGCAGUGUCAUAUGGAGUUGAGAAUUUGGUUCAUUACCAACUGAAUAUGCUGAGAGGAAAAGAUGAUGUUAUUAAUGCAGGAGUUGCAGGGUGUUGCACUGGUCUUGCUCUUAGUUUUCCAGGUACACCUCAGGCUCUAGUUCAAAGCUGCCUCACAUAUGGGGCAUUCUCUUUUAUCUUUGACGGCCUUUACAGGAAGCUUGCACCAGCACAAGAAUCUUCCAUGGAUAUCAGAAGUAGCCCCUUAACAUUGCCUGAAUCCUCUACCAAUUCAGAUGAGCUUAGAGAACAGAUAAAUGGAGAACUCUGAAUCUUGCAAUGAACAUUCCUCAAGGUUUGUCUGUUGUAAUAACUAUAAUAAGUUCCCUGCUGGCUUGCUGCCACAGUACAC